AUUCCGUCAUAAUUGUGGUCACACUGGUCAGCUGUUUUAGCCUACCGCAUUUCAAUUUGCAAGUAUUAAACAGAAAACAUAAAUAAAUAAACUACAAUGUUCCGUCUACAACAAUCACAACCCGAUCCCGCGGAGGAGGCAAAGCGCGUUGCGGCCGAGGUUCGAAUGAACUUCGUCAUGUUUGGUGUUCUCUGCGCAGCUAUUCGACUGGCGCCGAUUGUGCUGCAACAGUUGAAAAAUGCUUAACUUUAAGACAACACACAAAAUAGGAGCUAUGACGAGGCGUAAACAAAGCAAAUGUAGAGCUGAUGAACAACAUAAAAAAAAGAUGCAUUUAUUUAAGCGCACAGUCAAUUUGCGACAAAGAUAUCAUUGUAAUUUUGAUUAAUGUAAGCUUAAAACUGUUUUGCACAUUGUACAUAAAUCGUUGAGAUAAAUAAAUGCAAUAAAAAACAAAAGCUUGCACAUGUAUCGAUUUAUCGAACCUAUCGGCACUAAAAUUGCAACGUUUCACAACACAAUGCAAACGUCAACAUGGCCAAGCGAAAAAGCCAAAGGAGAGCAAGCAAAAAAACCCAGUAACAACAAACACUGUAUAAACAGUUGGCAGUAAACAGCAGACGUAGGCAGAGAGUGAACCACAAAAAAAAAGAAAAGUAAUGGAAACGUAAUAUUCGCUAUCGAAGCAA